GAAAACCGCGACUCCAAACUAGAAAUCCCCAACCCUCGAAAUGGCGCAUUCCCUUCCCAUUGAAGCUCCUGUGUAAACCUUCGCGAGUCCCAUGGCAGCCGGAGAUUGCCUUUGAGCCAGACUCUGCAUCAUUUUCUUUGCUCGUUCGCUUGCUCGUCUCUCAUUUCACUUCCUUUCCUGGAUAUUCAGUUCUUCCUUCUCGUCGUCUCCUUUAUCAAGUUAACUCUUGUCCCUCGGCUUGAUACCCCAUCGUCUUUUGCGAUCCUCAAACCACCCCAUUGCCACGAUGCCAUCUUCACAACCUCCACCAAGCACAAAUGCCUCCCCCCCACCCGACUACAAGACCAUCGCGUCGCAAUUCGCGGCCGCGAAGCGUAUCAAAGAGGCCGAAGACAAGAAGAAGAAGAAGGCCCAAGCCAGCUCCACUGUGCAUAAUCCAGAGUCGACGGAACAAAAACUACAACAACUACAACAAAAACACCAAGAAGAAGAGAUAACCGCGCGGGAACAGCGGCACGGCCGCCUCGAAGUAGCCCGCAAGAGGACCUACCAGUCCCGCUGGGCAUGGACGGCGUCCUUCUGGGUCUGGUUGCUAUGCGUCCACGCGGUUGGCAUCGCCUACUUCACGAGUGGCUUCCUGCUGACGCGCCUGGUGCUUGAGGAGAAAUCGGCGUGCGACGCCCCGCCGACGGCGACAGAUCCCCUGCUGCUGCUGCCCGCCUGGGAGGGCCGGGGUACUGUGGAUGGCGGGUGUUGGCACCCGCGGAUGUUUGAGCGCGCCGUCGUCGUGGUCAUUGACGCGCUGCGGUACGAUUUUACCGUGCCGGUCGAGGACAACGCGGCGUUUCACAAUGCCUUUCCGUUCAUGUGGGAGACGGCGGUCAGGGACCCCGGGAAGGCUUUCCUGAGGCCGUUUAUUGCCGACCCGCCGACCUCGACGCUGCAGAGGUUGAAGGGAUUGACGACGGGGACGCUGCCGACGUUUGUAGACUUGGGGAGUAGCUUCUCCGGGACGGCGAUCGAGGAGGAUAAUCUACUGAUGCAGCUGAGGGAUGCCGGGAAGAGGAUUGUGCAUCUGGGGGACGAUACCUGGGAGGCGCUGUUUCCGGGGUACUUUGAGGGGAAUCUCAGCCGGGCGUACGACAGCUUCAAUGUUUGGGACUUGCACACGGUGGAUAACGGGGUUAUGGAGCACAUCUUCCCGCUGAUGAGCAGGAAGAGCGAGUGGGAUUUGCUGAUCGGGCACUGCCUGGGUGUCGACCACGCCGGUCACCGUUAUGGGCCGGACCAUCCCGAAAUGACCAAGAAACUGCGCCAGAUGGACAGCUUCAUCCGCGAUCUGGCGGCGACCAUGGACGACAAGACGGUUCUGGUCGUGAUGGGCGACCACGGAAUGGAUAGCAAGGGAGACCACGGCGGCGAGAGCGACGACGAGGUCGAGGCUGCUCUGUGGAUGUACUCCCCUAAAGGUAUCUUUGGCCGCACGAAGCCAGAGUAUGUCACACCACCAGCUACCGCCAAGAUACGGCCCGUCAACCAAAUUGACCUUGUGCCCACGCUGGCGCUCUUGAUGGGCAUCCCCAUUCCAUUCAACAACCUCGGACGGCCAAUCGAGGAGGCUUUUGCGGGUGCUGCCGGUACCUCCUGGGCCAACCUGGUUGCGGCGGAGAGAGUGACUGCCGCUGGCAUCAAGCGGUACCAAACGGCGUAUUUCACUGCGCGAGGUAUCGAGGACUCUACCGGGCCCGGAUCGCCCGGUGAGCUAUGGGACAAGGCUGAAGACCUGGUUCCCCAGGGCAAGAAGCAAGACUGGCCUGUAAUCUUUAGGGCUUUCGCCGCAUACCAGGAGGCAACGCUGCAGAAAUGCAAGAGCCUGUGGGCCAGGUUCGACCUCAAAAAUAUGGCCAUUGGUAUCUCGGUCAUGGCACUUGGUGUUAUUGUUCUCCUUGUCUAUGUCUCUAGGGGAGAUGAUGACGAUGUCAUUGAAGACGAGGAGCUGGAUCUCGCAGAAAAGAGUCUGGAACUCCAGGGAGUGAAGGCUGACGUGGAAGCAACUCCCUCUGAUACACUCGACAAGCGCCUGGUCGGUGCCGCACUGCUUGGCGCUCUCCCUGGGUUCAUUGGCGGAGUCGUAUCCUCCCUCGUCUCGGGAGCUGGCGACUGGUAUCGCGGAUCAGGCAUUGCGGCUCUGACGAGUACCGCCGCGGUCUUGGUAUCGAUGCACGAGGUCCAGGAGACUGUGCUGAGCAUUGUUCCCAGGACACUGUGGGGAUGGAUGGCGGUUGUCUUCACCGUCAGCCAGUCCGUCGGCUUUGCAUCGAAUUCGUACACAAUCUGGGAGGAUUCUAUCCUUCUGUUCUUCAUCACGACCUUUGGCUUUGUCAGCGCGCUAGCAGCGCUCCGGAUCCCUUCCCGCGCCGAUCGCUACCUGGCCAUCUACCACUCGGUCGUCUUCAUCCUUCUCGGCCGCCUUGCCUCGUUCUCCAAGCUCUGCCGCGAGGAGCAGAUGCCGUACUGCACAUCGACCUACUAUGCGUCCGCAACGUCCUCCACCUCGGCCCCUUGGCAGCUGCUGAUCCCCUUUCUCGUCUGCAUCAUCCUCCCAUCCAUCCUCAAGGCCUACCUCCAACCCUCCAGGUCCUACGAGGGCCUCGCGCCAACCUGGAUCGGCUACGUCUUCCGCACCGGCCUCCUCAUGUCCGCGCUCUACUGGCUCCUCGACGCGGCUGACAACGGCAACUGGAUCCCCGGCCUUCCCGACAAGACUAUCAAGAACAUCAGCGUCUACACGGCCCAGAUGGUCCUGGGCCUCGCCCUCGUCGCCGGCACGACAGCCUUCAUCUGGGCGCCCCCCUGCGUCUCCAUCGUCACGUCGGCCUCCCCGACCGACUCCACAAAGGCCCAGGUCGCCAUCCUCGGCUACGGCAACGCCCACGGCGCACGCUACCUUCUCCUGCCCCUCAACCUCCUCGCAGCCUGCAUCCUCCUCUCCAAGCCCAUGGGCGCCGGCGCGCUGGGUCUCAUGGCCUGGCAGAUCCUCGCCCUCCUAGAGAUCCUCGACCUCAACAACCUCGCCGCCACGUCCUCCCCCAUCGGCCCCGUCAUGCUCGCCGUCCUGGGAACAUUCCACUUCUUCAAGACAGGCCACCAGGCCGUGCUGUCUUCCAUCCAGUGGGACGCGGCCUUCAUCCCGCUUUUCACCAUCCGAUACCCCUACUCACCCCUGAUCGUCACCCUCAAUACUUUUGCUGGCCAGAUCCUCGCAACCGCCGCCGUCCCCUUACUUGUCCUCUGGAAGGCCUCCCCGAAAAAACGCGGCCUGCUCGACGCCGUCAGCCGCCGCGCCCUGGCCGGGUUUGUCGCGUACUUCGCCGUCGAGUGUCUAGCGACCAUGGCCUGGGCAGGGUAUCUGCGCCGGCACCUGAUGCUGUACCGCGUGUUUGGCCCGCGCUUCAUGACGGCGGCCGUGGUGCUGCUCGUGGUGGAUAUCGUGGGGAUCCUGGUGGCGCUGGCGGGCGUGAGGUGUAAUACGAUGGCGAUCGGGGAGGUUUUUGGGUGGGCGGAGUAGAAGAAAAAAAAAAUUGGUAGAGACAUUGUAUGCGCAUGAACUAUCUUUCCUAGACUGGAUAUAAGGAGUCAGUUAAAAACGAGGUGUUGAGUACUUUGGUGGAUAUUUAAUCUGAACGGAGUCGCUGUAUGGGAGUCAGAGACUAUACAGCUGAGCUGUCGUGAAUAACCUCGUAUAUACUACCUUAAUUUGUAUGCGGCUGAUUCAGUGGCGGCUGAGCUCGAUCCACGUAGACCCUAUGUGCUCAUCGUGUUUUGGGCAUUGGGAUUGAUCCGU